CCCCGGCCCCCGAGCGCCUGCGCGGCGGCGGGCCGCGGUUCCCGGCCGGGCGGGUUUGCGGGCGGACAGGCCGGGCGCCAUGGCGCGGGAACCCGGCUUCGUGCUGCGCUACCUGGCCGAGGUGGAGGAGCUGGCGGAGGAGGUGCUGGCGGGGCGGCGGCAGAUUGUGGACCUGGAUCUAAAGCGGAAUCAGAACCGAGAAGCUCUCAGGGCUUUGCAGAAGGACCCAGACCCUUCUGAGAAAGCAAUGGUUUGCUUUGGAAACAUGUUUAUUCAGCUUCCAAAAUCCCAGACUAAGGAAAUGAUUCAGAAAGAUCAGGAGCACUUGGACGAGGAAAUAAACCAACUUCGGAAAGAGCUGAGAGUGAAGGUCAACCGUCUCUUUGAAGCUCAAGGUAAACCUGAGCUGAAAGGAUUUAACUUGAACUCCAUGACCCAUGAGGAAAUGAGAGUAAUCAAUCAGAUACUGGAAGGACGAAACUAGACCAUCGUGUCGACUUCAACGUUGCUGAUAAGGUGCAUUUAGACUGUCACUCACAGUGCAAAAUCUGUGGACAAUCUCCAGAUUUCCUGUGAAGACAUAUUUACUCUCUGGAGUGGUACAUUUCCUAAGAAGCAUUUGGCUUCUGAAAUCUUUUCACUGUAGGAAUCAUUCGGCUCCAGUGUCGGUCGUGGAUUAGACACUGCAACUUGCAGAGACAAGUGCUAGAACACUGGCCCUUUUAGUUAUUUGACAGCCUGCCAUCCCUGGGGUGGGAGUGGGAUUAUUAGAAUCAGAGGAGCAGGACAUUCCUAACUGCAUCUCUUUUAUGUAUGAACUUCUGUAACUUCGCUCCACAGCUAGUGCAUUCUAUUGGCAGGAAAAGGAGUAGGAGGAAAAGAACUGUGAAUCCAUAGUGUCUUCAAAGAAUAAAGAAAGAAACUUUGAGUUGUGUAA